CGGUAGGGACAGGAAAACCACGCUGUCUCACUGGGUUUGUUCCGAGCCACUGACCCAAUAAGAAGCCUUCGUCUCCUGUGGUUUUGGACUGCCUGACAGAUCAAACCUCCCUGUGCUGCAGUGUAUUCAUCCCCCCCCCUGAGUCAAGGACAUAAUGUGACACAUCCUGAACCUGACUGACUGACUGACUGACUUACAUUGGGGCCACCAUGCAGGAGUGCCACACUGGACUGUGUCUGUCUGUCUACAUCAUUACCUUUGUGCUGGGCUUCCCAGCCAACGUCCUCGCCUUCUACACUUUUUGCAAAAAAGUGAGGCAGAAACCCACACCCAUUGACAUCCUGCUCCUCAACCUGACCAUCUCUGACCUCCUCUUCCUCCUCUUCCUGCCCUUCAAGAUGCAGGAAGUGAUGAACAACAUGCUCUGGGACAUGCCCUACCCCCUCUGCCCGCUGUCUGGCUUCAUCUUCUACAUGACCAUCUACAACAGCACCUUCUUCCUCACUGCGGUCAGCGUAGAGCGCUACCUCGGAGUGGCUUUCCCCAUCCAGCACACCUUGAAGCGGAGACCUGUGUAUGCCGUCGCUGCCAGCAUCUUCUUCUGGAUUUUCUCCUUCAUCCACCUGAGCAUAGUGUUCAUAGUUCCCUUUAUUGGCCCUAAAAACUCUCCGAAUGCCACCUCAGGCCACAAUGUCUCAGCUAGCUUUGCCAAUGGUGUUGACCAGAGAGAAGUGUGUUAUGAAAAUUUCACGGAGGCUCAGCUGAAUGUCCUCCUGCCUGUGCGGCUGGAGCUCUGCGUGGUACUUUUCUGCAUCCCUUUCCUGAUUAGUAGUUUCUGCUACAUCAACUUCAUCAGGAUUCUGUCCAAGCUGCAGCACAUUGACCGGCGCCGGCGCCUGCGGGCCAUUGGCUUGGCUUUAGGAACACUGCUGGUGUUCGCUUUAUGUUUUGGCCCCUAUAACGUCUCUCACAUUGUCGGUUUUAUUACUUGGAAAAGUCCCGACUGGAGAGACAAAGCUCUGCUGUGCAGCACCUUUAAUGCUUGUCUAGACCCUCUUAUUUUCUACUUCUCCUCCUCUGCUGUGAGAAAGACUGUGGGUAGUGUGAUGGAAGGGGUUAAGAGUCGUCUAAACAGGUGCGUGUCCUGUCACAUGCUCAGGGCCUUGUGGGGGGGGAUUAACAAGACUGCAAAAGAUAAGGAACACAAACAAGAGGAGAUCAAUGCUAUCUAACCUGACUCAAAGAAAGCUGUGAGCAGCUGCUUUCGCUAAUUUGUUAUUUCUUCAUCCCUGGAAGCAGGAAAUUAGUGCCAUGUUUAUGUUUUAACACAUGAGAAAAUGACUCUGCAUACUGUAUACAGUCUCUGUUUGACUCUCUGAUGAACUUCCUAUUGGGAAAAAAGACAACAGAGGAAACUCUUCUUCAUGCAGCAUGAUGGGAAAGUCACAGAGACAGUCUCCUCUGAACCGUCAUAUUCAAACAAAACAUUUAUUUUUUACGUAACAACAGGAUUUCAUAAGAUCUCCAUCAAUGCUGUCAGGUGUUGUGGAGUGCUGCACCAACAAAAUGAAUAUCUAAGCAACAGCUGCGGACGUCACCUCUAAGCAAUAAGAGAUAAAGCUUUGACCAUGAACAGCAUAUGUCGUCUGUUUGUAACAACAUGCUCAUUAUGUGUGAUCUUAGAUGUUGAAAAUGACAGGGCUUAGUACAAAAACACAUACAGGACGCAGCCAAUAUGCAGUUUUCUUUUUAUGUGAACAUUUGUGUGUGUUGUGUUUCAUGGCUAUGACCAUUCUUAUGCAGAUUUCUGUUUACACCAUUUUACAUUUAUACUGUCGUUUGCUUAUACAUGUCACAUGAAACCGUAUGUGAUGCGAGAGUAACACACAUGCAUGAAUAUAUGUAUGAAUACAUGAAAUAUGCGUCUGAAAGCUGUAUGACAGGGGCUGUAAUUACAUAAGACAAAACACAGAACUAUUUUCAUAUGCAAAUCAUAUAAAUAUGUAUUUUGCAUAAUUUAUGACUCAGAUUCUUUUGUAAAGGCGGCAGUCAGAUAAUAAUACACGAGAGAACAGACAUGAGAGAGGAAGGGAAAAAAUGCGACAACAUAAAGACAAGACUGAUAGACUGUUUUC